AUGAAGAUCAUCACCAUGAUCGCACAACAACGACUGGUAGUGCGUUUCGCGCUUUGGUCGUGUGCUUGGCUGCUGCUUUCUGUCGUUCUCCACCUCUGCGCUCCAGCGCGCUUUCCCCUCUUCGGCACGCAGAGAGUUCGUCGCAUCGACGACCGAGCCAUCGAGCUGUGGACCACACACAUCGGUAAUCAUGCCGUGCAGCCUCAAGAUCGAUACAGCUUGAGAGAGCUCGGCUUUCGCACGCAUGUCUACGCCGAGCUACUUCGAAGAGGCGCUUCGCUUGAGCUGAAUGCGCUGAGCGAGGUGCUAUGGAAAUUUGUUCCUGGGGUGUGGGAGCUCCGAGAGCUGUCACGACCUCGGCACACCGUCUCUGGCUCUCUCGUACCUCUGCGGGAAGGUAUCGUCAUGGCGGUGACGUCCAACACCGUGCUUGCAGCGCUUCAAACCAUUACUGUGCUCCGCUCGACGCACAAAUGCAUUUUACCCAUCGAAGUGUAUCACUACGGAGCAAGCGAGUUGGACAAGCCUCUGAAGAGUGCGCUCGAAUCUAUGCGCGAUGUGAGGGUCAUAGACAUUUACGAGCUACCCUACUUCUCAAGCGCAAUGGAAGAUGACGCUGGUAGGAUUCCGAACGGCCCAGAAUCUCAAGCUAGGCAAGCGAUGGCGCUCCUAGCCACCAAAUUCCAGCGCGUCGUGCUCAGCGCUCCAGACAUCACAUGGAUGGCCGAUCCUGCUCUCCUGUUCCAGCAGCAAGGCUUCCUCCAGACUGGCACUUUCCUAUUCCGCGAGAGAGGCCUGCCAGCAACUGCAAGGGCACAGCGCAUGGUUAGCUGGCUCAAAGAUCAAUUUGACGAGUCAUGGCCCAGUCAGAGACUCUCUUCCUUGCCAUUUUGGGAUUACGUGGCUGAUGGGGUGAUGACGCCCAAGGUAGCGGCCUUCGACAAGAGCAGAGCCGGAGUCUUCUCAGCUCUACUUGCCAAUCUAGCCAUGCACCAAAAAUCUUCUCGUGACCACAUCUGGUCCAGAUUUAGCCAAGGUGAGCUGUCUAUUGACUGUUCGCCCCUGGCUUUGUGCUGAUGCUGAUGCGACUCUGCGCCCGUUCAUCAGGCCAAGUCGAGUCGCUCUUCUUGUCUUUCGAGCUAUCCAACAUGCCUUACCAUCUGACUGAAAGUACCCCGGGUGCUGUCGGCUCGUUUGUGGGAAACGAUUGGUUCGGCAGCACACAACAGGAUGGCGAAGCAAGCAUCUGCUCGGCCAGAGCUGUCCACUUCUUGUCCCAGAUGCCAGUCGCUCCUCUCGAGCGCCACAACGGCAGUAGCAGCAUCUACAGUGGGUUCAGUGGAGGCAUCUUCCGAAGCACGCGGGGAGUCUCCUCGAAAGCUGUGCGAGCUCCUCAGCCUCUGUGGCUCGACGCGCCAAUCUUUGAGACGAGGACGACCGAAACAUUCUUCAACGCCACAGCCUGGGCCAUGCACGGACGAUGGGAGAUGGACGUGACGCAGGCUUCCAUUAACCACAACAGCCCUUGGUGCUUCCGCGGGGCGACAUUGCGCAGCGUGGACCAACUUGGCUCCACUCGCACCAAUCUUGAUCGCAUCAAGUCCAUCCUGCGUCAAUGCAACAACCACUUCCGUCCGCUUGUUGGGCUCUUCGCUGCAAUGCCAGUCCGCAGCGAGGAAUGA